AUGACCUUCCUGCCAGACUUUAUCUUGCCGCCGGAGGAAAAGGCCUACGUGCUCUACUACGUCGCACAAGACCACGGCGAGCACGGAGAUGUUCCACCUGGUCCAGGCAUAAGUUUGGAUGUGAGCAGCGACUCCGACGUCAUCAUGGAGCUGGAUCCUCCUGCCACCGGAAACCUCAAACGUGCGUCCUCGGCCACAGACGACUCAUGUUCCAAACGGAGAGCAGCCCCCAGCGAAGAGUGCUUGGUUGAAGACACGGAGAUUCUUGAGACGGAACGGACUGCGGCCCCAGCAGCUCCGCCAUCCGCGCCAACUCAAACACAGCGUCGUCGACCUUUGUCUCGCUUCACAACACAGGAGCGAGAGAAGAUUGUUAGCAUUUGCAAACAACACGUCACCGUGAAGAAGGUCCUUGCCGAGCUCGCCGUUUCGGUCCCGAACCUAACGACACAAGAUCCAGCAGCAGACGGGUACGUAUCCUCCUUCACUAUUCGCCACUGGGUCCAAGAUCAUGGAAGACUCAACAAGGCUCUGGAGCUGGCAUCAAGGGCUCCGACACCCAAGGUCCUCAACAAGUCACGAGCACCUCCAGCGAACUCGGCUCGAGCAGCCUUGCCGGAACCUGUGCGCGAGGCCAUUGCCUCUGCUCUGGAAACGGCUAGAAGCGAAGAGGACUUCAUGGUCGCGCUGCAGGAGACCAUUCCCGACUUCAGCGACACAGACGCGACAGCCGGACAGUACAUUCCACGUACCACGCUGAAGCGAUGGUAUCGAGCCACAGGUCAAGACUACUUCAGUGACAAACAGAAGUUGGAGCAACCGGAGACCUGGGAGUCGGAGUUCGAGCGGACGUUUUGCAUCACGUUCGCGAAGCCGGAGAUGCGAUACAGUGCAGUCGACCCAGAUGACGAAGUGGAUCAGUGGCUCGUCCGAGGCUCCUGGACCUUCUGCCCAAAGUGUGGGCGUCGCCGACCUCAGUGCAACGUUGCCAGUUUGACCCUCCAACGCGCGGACAAGACAUGUCGCUACCGAUGUGAUCCCGAACCUGAAGACCUCCUGUUGCCGCGGACGGAGUCCGACCUUGGGAGACAUUGCAAGCUGGACGCCUACGUUACACCGAAUGCCCACCAUUGGGAGCAUUUGCUGGCAGACCUUCACGUCACAGGACUGCCGUUGGUGCCCGGUCUUACCAAAAAGGAUCUCGACACCCUGGCUGUUUUGGAUUUGAAGAUUGACUAUCAAACCCGCCGGGGCGGCAACGCCGAGAUCACAAGCAAGCAGAAAAAGUCUGUUAUUCGUGGCCGCUGGAAAGCAUUGCCUUUGUUCGACAUCCAGCGAUCAGACCAGGCCAAUCGACUCUUCUUUUGGCUGCUGGCAAACAACGAGACCUACGCGAACUGGGUCCAGUUCCACAAGCAGCUCGCGAUUAGCAACGACAACUGCAGCGGUCCAUGGCAGGAGGUGCGAACCGCAGAUUUGCUGUUGAAUUCCCCGGGCAUCGAGGUUGCUGCCAGACCGUGGCUGUACCCGCUCGCGAGCUUCGGCGAUACAGACCUGUCAUCGCGCUUGAUGCCGCUGAAAUGGAUAGCGGCAGGCUCUCGCCCGUCCCUGCGGGCAAGUUUCCUGCGCAAGCUGAUGAGCAGGUGCAUCGAUUACAGCCGUGAUUUUGCAUUGAAGUCGCUCUUAUAUGACAGCGCCAUGGCCCGAACGAUCACCUCCCUCAUCAGCGUUGCCAAUCAAAGGAACAUCGCCCCGGAGUUUGCCGCUCAGCAGCAGGACAUGUUCGAAGGCUACUGGCUGCUCCAGCUCAGGAAAAUGGAGGAUAUUUGUCGCCGGGAGUACGAGAGCACAGACGACCUCGCCAAGACGUUUCCCAAUAUCUUCUUCACUGUGGCUCCAGCCGAGUGGCGCUAUCUGUUGCCGGAGGGCCUGACGUUGGACGAUUCACUAUCUGAGCAGCAGGACUUGAUUACGCUGCAUAUGCAUCAUACACUACGAGUCCUCUUAGAGCAUCAGCUGAUCAAUCACUCGGACAAUCUCCGGGCCAUCGGCAUCGCAAACAUUCGUCAUUGGAGCUUCCGCUUUGAGUUCCAAGCGAGGGGCACCAUCCAUCUGCACGCCGUCUUGUGGACGGAUCUGCUGCCGGGCUGGUCCGCAAACGACAUCACCGCCCGCACAGGCGGCACCGCUAGCCCCUUCCUUGGACUGCUGGAGAAGCUGUUCAAAUCCCGCGCGGACGUUCAGUGCGGCGACGGGACGCAUUGCUUAAUGCAGUAUGUCGCCGGCUACCUGCUAAAGGCCUCGGAUGCGCUCCAGUUCCUCAGCAAGCAGGUCGACGACCAGGACACGCAAUGGCGCCAGGCGUACCGCUUGCUCUGCAAGCGCUCGCCCACCGAGCAAGAAAUCGUCAUGGAGUUUGCGGGCCUCUCGAUGGUGAAACAUUCCUUCAGUGGCGUUGACAUUUUCGCCCCCAUCCCCGGCAUGUUGGAGGAGCGUCUCCUGCCUGUCGUGCCCGACACACUCAAGCUCCCUGGUUUGGAGGACGAGCUGGCACGGCGUCGAACCUUCACAGCUCCUUGCAUGUGUCACCAUUUGAAGGCCGUGCUCUCUUUGGACGAAUUUCAGUUGGACGGGGCCGACCCGCAGGUUUACAACCCAGAUCUCGCGAGAUUUUUCGCCAAAGUCGAGCCCGAGCUCAUGCUGCGCGGGAUCAAUGCGGACCGCAUCUCCACCUUCAAGGCCAAGAUUCAAGCAACGAACCUACUUCUCCUGCGCAUUCGAGACGGUCUUGAAGAUGCCGGGUUCUGGACGGCGCGAGAUCUACCUGGCUACCCUCGGCGUCAAUGGUCUCCCGAGCAAGGCGCCGUCAUGGAAUGGAUGCGAGAUCGCUUGGGCGUCAACGACGCCAACGACAGCCGCAACCGCGUGCUACAGAUUUCCGGACCUCCAGGCACCGGAAAAACUGAGGUCGUCAUCGGCGCAACAAAGCUCGCUUUGGACGACGACUGUCGCGUCCUGGUUGCCGGACCGAUCGGUCUCCUAGUGGCCAUGUACCGUCUGAAGCUUCCAGCAGAUGAACGCCUGACCAUGGAGACCAUCCACUCCGCCUUCAAGAUUACACGGCCGGCAGAUGCAGCCUACAUCCCGCCAGGUCGACUACGUCGCUACGACGUUAUUAUCUUCGAUGAAGUCUCUCAGAUCGACCCAGCUGUAUGGACCGAUCUCAAAGCAGCACUUGGUGAACUUCACCCUGGGCCACUGAUCCUCUUCGUGGGCGACUUCCAGCAGCUGCAGCCGGUCCACGGCAAACCACAACUCCAAAUCGAUCUCGACGCGGAGGUCGCCAACGGCACGGUCGAUCGUAUUGACUUGAAGAACCACAAUCUAGCCAGAUCCAUCGAUCCUGACAUGCUCGACUUCCUGACGACAGUGAGAGAGGCACAACCAACUAGAACACAGCUAGAAGAGUUCUUUGCAGGAAGAGUUUGGAGCAGGGAUUUGUCCGAGAUCGCAGAGAAAGCCAAAACCUGGGAGGACGUCACAGGCAAGAAGUUCAUGUUCCUCACUGUCGUGAACAAAG